UGGAUCCAGCUCCAUGUUCGCCCGUGAAAGCGAUGCGGUGUCCCCGCGGUUAGGACGUUGUACGAUUCUCGUGUGUGCUGCGGGAACGUCGCGCGUUACCCGUCGUGCAAGCCGCGAGCUCGAGCGCCCGCUCGACGUCGUCGCGAUCGGUGGCCGUUCGUGCGCGUACGCGAGCCAGUGGUGCGUCGGGCAACCUCGUCUCGUGUGUCUCGGUGUGGCGUGGCGGCACAGGAGCAGCCGCGGUAACAGCAGCAGCAGCAACAACAGCAGCAGUAGGGGCAGCGGCGGCAACGAUCUCAAUUCGGUGCAGCUCCCGCGAGGCGUCCUCCGCGUCCGGGGACCCAGUGAAGGCCGAUCACGGCUGCGACGCGAGCUGGCGAGGAGGAGCGCUCGUCGGUGCGUGUCGGCGGUAGCGACGGCGACGACAGCAGCGGCGGCGCGUGCUGCGAGGACGAGGUGAAUGCACGGCGGCCGCGGUGUGUGCCAGUGGUGUGCGCGCUCGUCGCCCGUGGAAACCCGCCAAAACCCGCGGCCGCGAACAACCACCACCACCACCACCACCACCACCAUCAUCAUAAUCAUCCCCAACAUCGCUACCGUCAACAGUAGCGGCAGCAACAGCAAUAGCAACAACGGAAACAACGAUAUCAGCAACGUCGACGGGAGACGAAGGAUCUUCUCGAGCGACGACGUCGACGACGACAACAAAAACAAUAUCAGCAAUACCGGCAGGAGCGACAGCCGUCGCGUUAUCCGUGCCGCACGACGACGACGACGUUGUUAUUGUCGUCGUGCCGUCCUGCCGAGCGCGGCGUUGUCCCGGCGCGACGCCGCCGCCGGUCACGGCUGGUCUCGGGCGGUGGUGGAGAGACAGAGGAAGUAGAGAUAUAGAGACAGGAAGGUCGUCGCGCUCGUGUGACGGCGACGGGGCGACGGCGGCGGCGACAACGACAACGGCGGCGGCCGCCCAGCUCACCACGCGCUG